AUGGAAACUGAACAACUAUACAACCUCAACUGGGGAGUAACCACAGACCCCAGGGACCCUCUGCUCCCCUGGGAGUUUGGAUUCCCCUCCCCACCUGCACCACUGCGACCGGGGGCCGGAGUCGGACACCACCAGCAAGCGCUGGCGACGGCAGACGGCGCCGGCGCAAGUGCGUGGGCGGAUCCCGAGCUCGACCUGCUGCUCUCCGCUUCGUCGUAUCCGAUGCCUGAGCCGGUACAGAUGCCGGAGCAGGAGUUUGGUCAGAGUAACCCCGUUCAGUUAUAUGGGGGCGUUGUGCUGGAGAAUGAGUCUUCGCAAGGUCUGCCGGUUGGGGAUGCCUCGGCUCUUGCCGCGCCCAUUCCGCCGAAGCACUCCACCAAGACUGGGAAUGGCGAUGCGGUGAGGAAGCGCGGGAGGCCACGAAAGGUGUUUGAGAACGGGGGUGUUGAUGCGGAGGAGCGACGUCGCAUGCAAGUCCGUAUGGCGCAGCGGGCGUAUCGCUCGCGAAAAGAAGCCAAUGUCAGCUCGCUCAAAGAUCGCAUCAACCAACUCGAAACCGCUGUCAAGCAGAUGAGCACAGCCGUCAUUUCCUUUGGCGACGAGCUCGUCCGGUCGGGCGCGUUGGACACGUACCCGGAUCUACUCCGCCCGCUCGGCAACACCGUACAGGCAUGCCUAGCUCUACCAGCUAUUCACCAGCUAGACGGCAACUCAGAUACCCAACUCGAGCUGCCAGGCAGCUCAGGCCAGAAGAAGCUCCUCUCCAUCUACCCAUCCCCCUCAUCCAGCACCUCCGAAGCCGACACAAUGGACAUUCUCGAAUUCAUCGACCGCCUCCACGUCACCUGCUGCUACCAAGCGUACCUCGUUACCGCAAACCCCGCCGUCCCCCUCCGCCGACUGGAAAAGCCCUUUCGCAUGCUCCUCAGCCUGAUGCCGCGCGCGUUAGUCGCAGAGUACUUCAAGGACUGGCUGCUCGCGCGCGCAGGGCAUAAGUCUCUCGACCACUGGGACCACAUCCCGUUCUUGCAGAUUGGCGGCGCUGGGACACAUUACACCCCGGAGUCUGCUGGGCACUACCCGUUCUACCGUUCGCAGAAGGCGUCGACGAUAACGGACGACCUCUCGCAGUUCCCGUCGGAUAUCCAGCGCGAGCUCGACGAUGAAUGGUUUGAUCUGGGCGAUCUGGAGGGGUAUCUGCGAGAGAGGGAGGUUGUCUUUCCGGCGUAUAUCCCCGCGGUUACGAGUGUGGGGUUGGGGGAUAAGGCGCCGAACGCGACCGGGGCGACGAGGUUGAUAUCAAGGCUGGUGCGAGGUGCUAUCUGUCUCGGGCGAUCACCAGGUUUUAGGAAAUGCGAUGUCGAGAAAGCCGUCGAUGAGUUUGUAGCCUCGGUUGAUUCCGAUUCCUCAUGA